AUGGACGAAGAUUCCCCCUUCCUUUUCCCACCAUCUAGCGCCUCUCUCGCCACUCUGGGACUCAACCCCCUGUACAAUAGCCAGCCGUUUUUUAUUCCUCCGACUUUUAUUCCCAAAGGAGACGAGAAGCAGAAGCAGAAGAAGAAGAAGAAAAGAAAAGCGGCGUAA